GGGAAUCAUGUCGAGUGUGAAAACGCCAUUCUCUGUUCUACAUACACCAAAUUUGACAAAUUUAAAGUCUUACAACUCAACAGAGAUUCAGUAUAAGACUGUUUCCUCCAAACGAACUCAGAACAAGACAAUUUCCAAUCGAGAAAAUACAGUACCACCUUCUACCAAGAUGGUUGCAAAGAAUAGAAUUUCACCAAAUCAGUGUACUGUCAAGAAUUACUCUUCCAAGAAAAAUGAUUCUGUUUCUUGUAUGAAUGUCAAUACAAAUUUGGAAUUACAAACUGAGUAUUCAGUACAGGAAAUUUCAUCCAUCUCUAAGAAUGUUAUCUGUGUGCCCUAUGAAGACUCACCAGAAAACAAAACUAUAGAAAUUGACAAUGAGGUGGCAGUAUUAACAUGUGUGAGGAAUGUAACUGUAGAAAGUGCUGAAAGUGCAAAUGAAUAUCAACACAGUUAUGUCACAACCAAGCGCCAAAAACAGAUGGCAGAUGAAGUCAUUGGGCCAUCAUUUUGUAAACAGAGUCCUCGUCGGGAAACUUAUUUGGUAAAAAAGCAAAAACGGAGGAGCUGGAAAAACAAAUUAAAAAAAUCUCCAACUUCAAGUGGUUCCUUACCAGUGGUAACUUCUUUUUCUCCACCACAACUAUCUCCUCCUCAUGUCUAUGAUAAUUCUAUUAAAAAUACAACCCUCAGCAUUAACAGUGUGAGCCCUAUUCAAACAAAUUUCCUCCUGACAAGUUCUCCCAUUGAAAGUCACCACCAAACUUCUGCUUGUCCUAACAGAUCGAACUUACUGUUGCCAAAUGAAUGUUCAGGUAAUGGUUUUCAAGAUGUGUGCCAAAGGGAAGAUAGAGAAGAUAAUGCAAAACUCGAAGUGCUUUCUCAACUUGGACACCCUUCUGAAUUAACUCGCAUUGAAAAACAAGCAUCUCCUAAAUCUGACAAUGGUUUAUCUUCAGACUCCUUAAAUAGCAGGUACUCCUCUCCCAAUUCGGAAAUUAUUUAUGAUCUUCAUCAAACUCCUAUGCUUUCAGCACAAGAUACAUCUAUUUCUAGAAGAUCUACACAUGUUAUCAAAGAACCAAAGAUUCUUUGUAAAGCUGGAGCACUGAAGAAAAAAAGUCUAUUUUGUUGUGAGAAGAAGCCAUUUCCUGUGGGGAAAAUUCCUGUGAACUGUAAAGUUAUCAGAGCCAAUACUACUCCGAAGAAUGACAGAAUAUCAAGUUAUAAAGUGAGAACUGCUAAAAGAGUUACACAAAGUACAGAGAAGGCUCCUUGUGAAAAGGAGAAAACUGAAAUGAAGAGAAGACCGGCUUUGUCUCCCAAGAAGCCAGCUGUGGCUCAGAGCAGACUGAUUUUAGGCAAGAGAGAGAAAACUGUUAUUCCAAAACAUCCUAUGCCAUUUGCUAGUAAGAAUAUCUAUUAUGAUGAAAGAUGGAUGCAGAAACAAGAAUGGAGUUUUACUCAUUGGUUCAACUACAUCUUAACUCCUGUUGAAGAAUACAAAAUCAGAAAAUGUGUCAAAGUUGAUGCUAAAUCGUUACUGUUCAGUACCAAACAAGAAGCACGACUUGCUCCAUCCAAAGAGGUGUUGAGCUUCGAAGCUUAUGCUGCACGCAAGAGACUUAACAGACUGCGGAAACUGUCCUGUAAAAUGUUUCAAACUGAGGACGUAGUAAAAGUUGUCCAGCGGCUUGAGGUGGAAAUCGACAGUCAGAGAUUGGUCAUGAGGAAAGAUCGUCCUGUGCAUGCUGAUAUCGGUUUGAAACAGAUGAUCUUGAACUGGAUUCUCUCAUACAAUUCCUUGUGGUUGCGAAUUGGGUUAGAGAUGGUGUUUGGAGAAAUCUUGCUUAUUGAUUCCAAUACUGACUUCUUGGGCCUGUCAAGGUUUAUUGUUACUCGCUUACUUGGAAACCCUGACAUUGCCAAUCGGUAUGCUCAUCCUACAGUGCCACAUCUUUACAGAGAAGGUUACCAAGAGGCCCUCUCUAAACAUACCUUGAAAAAGUAUUUGAUUCUGGUUUUCUUUCUGGAUUACGCUAAAAGGAAGCGCCUCAUAGAACAUGAUCCCUGUCUUUUCUGCAAAGAUGCUGAAAUCAAGGCAAGCAAAAACCUUCUCUAUAAUAUAGCGAGGGAAUUUCUUAAAGGUGAAGGUGAUGUUACUCGUCAUUUGUCUUAUUUUGGAUACACUGUCAGCUAUGUCCAGACACCUUUGCAUGAAUUUGAUUAUGCAGUUUCUAACCUUGCUGUUGAUCUACGAGAUGGAAUUCGUCUAACUCGAGCUGUAGAAAUACUCACAGGUAAAUGGGAACUCACCAACUCCCUUCGUGCCCCUGCAAUUAGUCAUCUGCAGAAGAUCCACAAUGUUAACAAAGUGCUGAAAGCUUUAUUGGUCAAUGGAAUGGAUCUAAGCCUUGCUAAAGGUUCAAUAUGUGCUAAAGAUAUUGUAGAUGGACACAGAGAAAAAACAUUGACUCUUCUUUGGAGAAUUGUGACUGGUUUCCAGGUUGAUAUACUUCUGGAUAUCAAUGAGCUUAGAGAUGAAGUCCACUUUUUGAAGAGGUGCCUUGAGAAGAAAAGGUCUGUUAGGAAGUUGGCUGGUGUUGAGGACUAUUCAAUCGGGCGUAAUUCAGUGGAAGGACUUGUUAAACCAGAAAAUGAGAAACAUCAGCUACUUUUUGAAUGGUGUCAAGCAGUUUCAGCUCAUUAUGGCUUACAGAUUGAGAAUUUCACAGUAUCCUUCUCUGAUGGCCGUGUUUUGUGUUAUCUAAUUCAUCAUUAUUAUCCUGGAUUGCUGCCAUUGUCUGAAAUCAAGCAGGACACAACUGUAACUUACAUCAAUGAAUGUGAAAAUCAACAACAAGACAGUGAUCAGAGUUUGGAUGAACUCGCAUUUAGCACUCUGUUUAGCCCUAAAACGGGGAAACCUAAAAUUUAUGAAGCUCUUUUAGCUAACGAAGCCGAAAAUUUUAAACUUAUUGCUAAAAAAGUGAGUGCUAUUGGUGGAGUACCAGCUAUGUUGCGCCACUCGGACAUGUCCAAUACUAUACCAGAUGAGAAAGUAGUGAUCACCUAUAUUACUUACCUUGCUAUACGUUUACUUGAAAUAAGACAUGAAGCAAGAGCGGCUAUUGUUAUCCAAAUGGCUUGGCGGAAAUAUCUAUGGUGCAAGAAGCAGAGGCUACGGAGGAUGAAGAGUAAAUCUGCAGUAGUAACCCAAUGGCAAUGUAAUACAAUGAAUAAAAUACAAAUCCUUUCUCCCCAAGUUGGAUCAUACGACAAGACUAGUCCAUUGGUAAAACACUCAAAUAAAAAUUUGGCACUUUCACCAUCCCAGUGUUAUCAGAAACACAAUAAUACUGAGCACAGUUACUUGCCAAAGUGUAAUUUGGGCACAAUAGCAGAAGUUUCAUGCUUGGAUUUAGUUGCUGAGGGGAACAACUGGCAAAGAGGUGCAGAAACCAAUUAUAACUCACCACUCAACUUAGUCAUUCGUAAAGUAAACGAUUCAAAUGAUCUUGGCCAACAGAAGCAAGAAAACCUGAAUGCCAGAGAGGAAUGUAUCAGUAUAAAAACAUCAAAAUUGAAUCAAACUAUUGAAUUUGAGCAUGAGGAUUUCAAUAAUCACCUUAAUGGCACGUUUGAGAUUAACAAUAAACCUCACCAUUCCCGUCUCUUAAAUCAGACUAUAGAUAUUGAUAAUGGUGUUCAAGGCAACAUUUGCAGUGUUGAGAAAUCUGGAGAUGAGAUAGUGACUGAAUAUAUUGGAAUGCCAGCAACCUCUAAACAACAUUCUGUUUGUAGUCCCAAUAAAUAUUUGGAGCAUAAUCAGAACUUGAAUGAUGGUACAUCAGAUAGAAAUAUGGAUCUUAAUGAUAAAGAUAACAUCAAUGAAAGUGAAGCAAACAGCACAACUGAGAUUAGAAGUAGAUUAGAGACUUCUACUUUGAAUGGCUCCACUGAUGGUGACCAUGGUCUGCAAAAUGACUCCACUGAUGGUGACCGUGCUCUGCAAAAUGGCUCCACUGACGAUCAUCGUGUUCUUCUGCAAAAUGGCUCCACUGACGAUCACCAUGUUCUUCCGCAAAAUGGCUCCACUGACGAUCACCAUGUUCUUCCGCAAAAUGGCUCCACUGACGAUCACCAUGUUCUUCCGCAAAAUACUGACGAUCACCGUGUUCUUCCGCAAAAUGGCUCCACUGACGAUCACCGUGUUCUUCCGCAAAAUGACUCCACUGACGUUCACCAUGUUCUUCCGCAAAAUGACUCCACUGACGGUGACCAUGGUCUGCCAAAUGGCUCCACUGAUGGUCACCCUGAUCUGCUAGAUGUCUCUACUGAUGGCCACCAUGAUCUAUCAGCUGACUCUCCUGCUGAUGGACACUGUCACCUUCAGGAUGAAUUUCCUCAUGACCAAGAUUGCUCUACUGUUUCUAAUUGUGAUGAUCAGAAAGGCAGCUCUGCUAGUUCCACUGCCAAUAUUAUAACAGAUGUCAACAAUUCCGGUCUAGUUGAUUAUGAAAGACUUUCUUCCUCUAAAUAUGAUAGUAAACACCUGUCACAGGUUGAAUGUGAUGAAAGUGACAGUGCUGAUGGUAUCCAGGUGCUGAACUCCAGUAAAAUCAAUACAGGUCUCCAACCACAAUCUGAUAUAGUCUUUGAAGACAAGAGUCUGAUACUUCAGGAUCAGAUUGAUGCAGGAGAUUCAAGACCAAACAUUUUAGAUGUGUCUAGGGGUGUUCUUGAACAACAGUGUGCCAUUGUAAUUCAAAGAUGGUAUAGGAAUCUUCAAGAAAGCUACCAUGUUGCUUCAGAUUACCAAAGAAUGAAAAGUGCUGUCAUAGUUCUACAGAGCUUUUACCGUAUGUAUUCCCAGCAGAGAAAGUACCACAAACAGCUCAAGGCUAUCCGUGUUUUGCAAGCAGCAGUAAGAAUGCAUCAAACGCGUCAAAACUAUCGCUCCCUCUGCAGGUCAACAACCCAGAUACAACAAUGGUAUAGAGGUAUUAUCUUGUGCAGAAAACAACGGAACAAAUACCUGAAAGAAAAGCAGGCUUGUAUACAAAUACAAUCUAUGUGGCGUGGUGUAAUGCAGCGCCAAUUGUUGAAAAGCCAAGAGGCAGCAGCUGUAGUUAUUCAGUCAUACUUCAGGAAGCAUUAUUGCCAAUCCAAAUAUCUAAAGCUACUUUCAUCUGUAAUUUUAAUUCAGAAACUCUACAGAUCCAAACUUGAAAGUAGAAAACUUCGGAGGCAGUUUCUUCAGGAAUUGCGAGAGAAACAACUUCAAGAAGAAAAAAGACAAAACAAUGCAGCACAACUGAUACAGGCAACAUGGAAAUGUUAUGUAGCUCAAAGAGAGUUCUCCAAGUUGAAAGCAGCUACUUGUGUUCUGCAGCGGUACAUGUCUGCUUAUUUGAUUGGGAAACAUGUUCGCCAUGAUUUUAUUGCCCAAAAGAAUGCUGCUGUAAAGAUCCAAAGCAAUCUACGAGGAUUUAUUGCCAGAAGAAGAUAUCAUAAUAUAGUUGUCUCUGUUACCUUGAUACAAGCCUUGUUUCGGGGCAGUCAAGUUCGAAAAGAGUUCCAUUUAAAAUGCCACUCUGCUGUAAUUAUUCAGUGCCAUUGGCGUGCUUAUUUGGCUAAAACUAAGUUUCAAGCUGAAAAGAGAACAAUUAUUAGAAUGCAGGCUUUAGUUAGAGCAAAGCAACAACAGGAGAAGUAUUUAAAUUGCAAAAAUGCUGCUAUUGUAAUUCAACAAUGGUACAGAUCUAUCAGUCAAAUGAGACAAUGCCAUAAGGAUUAUUUGGAACUUAAAAAAUAUACCAAGAUUCUUCAAGCUAGGUUUCGAGCUCUGAGAAGUAUGAAAAUCUGCCGUCAACAGUUUCUGCAAAAAAGAAUUGCUAUCACCACAAUUCAGGCACAUGUCCGGCAAUUUUUAACAAGACAAAAAUUCUGCAAACAAAAAGAAAGUGUUAUUUUACUGCAGAAUUGGUUUAGGGCUUGUAAAGUAGCAAAAUCUGAUAGAGCCUAUUAUCUCUCCCUUAAAACAUAUACUAUCAAAAUGCAAUCACAUGUUCGUAGCUGGCAACAACAGAGGAAAUAUCUUGAACUUAAAGAUAGUGCCUUGAAAAUUCAGAAUUGGUAUCGUGCUGUUAUUUUAAUGCGAAGUGAUCAGCAAAGAUACAUGGAAUAUCGAACGGCUGUUGUAAAGAUCCAGUCAGUAUAUCGGUGCUAUAGAGAGCAGCAGAAGUUUAAUAAACAAAAACGGUGUGCUGUCAAACUGCAAGAGUGGUGGAGAGCUACUUCAAGUAUGAGAGCAGAACGUAAAAGCUACUUGUCAAAGCAAGCGGCUAGCCAGGUUAUUCAACAGUGGUUUCGAUCUCUCAUUGCAAUGAAACUGGCUAGAGAAGAUUAUUUAAAGGUUAGAGCUUCUGUAAUAACAAUACAAUCUUACCUACGAAAAACAAUUCAAGAAAGACAUUUCAAAAGAACAAAGUCUUCUGUAAUUAAAAUUCAGCAAUGGUACCGAGCUUGUAUUCAAAUGGAGAUUGAAAGGAAGAAUUACUGUAGUCUUAAAACCUCAACAGUCUUUUUACAAUCAGUUGUACAGAUGAAACUGCAACAUAAAUGCUUCUUAACACAGAGAUCUAGUGCCAUCAAGAUCCAAAGAUGGUAUCGAAUAUUGAAAUCUCGCAGACAACUCAAAGAAACAAUUGCAAGACGCCAUGUUGCUGCAACCUGUAUUCAGAACUGGUUCAAGAGAGCUGUUGCUGCAAAAAAAGCCAGAAGUAUUUUCAACUUGAAUUGUGACUGCUGUACUGCUGCUUCUCUACUGCUGGUCAAAGUUUCUGCUGAAUAUUGGUUGCUUAAAACACGGACAAAGAAAUUAAAUGCAGUUUGUACUGUGCAGAAAUAUUGUCGUCGCUGGUUACAUCAUAGGCAUCAAGCUGCCACAGUAAUACAGUCCUUUGUCCGUGGUUGGCUGUUUAGAAAAUGUUUGGCCAAACAAACAGCAGCAGCUAUUGUGAUACAAUCAAAUAUCCGUGCUUUUUAUGCAAGGAAACUUUUUGAAAAGAAGAAGAGUGCCAUCUUGACGAUUGCGCGUUAUCUCCAGCAGUAUCUGAAAAGGCGAGAUCAUGCAGCUCAACUCAUUCAACGUGUAAUGAGAGGGUGGAUCGUCAGAAAGCGUGUCAAGAAAUUUCAUCGGAAUGCUACUCUUAUCCAAAGUUACUGGAGAGGUUAUAAAGUCCGAUGUCAGAGCAAACGGACUAUUACUAAGUUGAGGCAACGUUUGGUAGCUGUAACAAAAGAAGCAACUGAGGAUAAGAAGUUAAUUAGUAGAUUUGCUAAGGGUUUUGAUCAAUUAAUGAAAUUCAAACAUCUUUCUGAUGUACUUCAUGCCCUUGUGAACCUCGAAGCUGCUUCUCGUCUUUCUCCUGUGUGUUGUCUCCAGUUGGCUAGGGAAAAUGCUAUUCCGGUGAUAUACAACAUAAUAAAAGGCUGUAACCGCAGUGUUCCUCACAUGGAACUCAUUAAAUACAGCAUACAAAUAUUUCUUAAUUUAGCAAAGUAUGCUCCAACCAUUGAGUCUGUUUAUCAUUCCCGCCCAGAUGCUAUAGAUAUUAUUCUCAAUGUUAUGAUGGUUUUCCGAGAAAAGGGCUUGGUUUUCUCCAAAUCUUGUAUAUUGUUGGGAAGUAUAGCUUUAGAUCUGAAGGAAAAGGGUAAAAUGGAUGAAUUACUAUCUCGGCAGAAAUUUGUGGAGAAAAUCAUGUCACUGCAUAAAUUGACUGUAUGGAAAUACAAGCAAGAAGAAAUUAGAAUUGUGACGAGAGCUCGGCUAGUAGCUGCUAAAGACGCUUGCCCAUUUUAUGAAAAUACUGUACUUUCUAAGAUUGGUCCAGACUGGUUGCUUAGCAAGAAAAAAUUGCAAGAAUUUGAGGAACCAUUAAAAGCAAUGACUUAUUUAAUAUAUUGUCUUGGUUUACAAGACAAACUCCCCAAACAAUUAUCUAAAAACUUGAAAAUGUAAAAAAAAUCAGGUGAGGCAGAAAACUUUUUAUUAAGCAUUUGCACCCAUAUAUUCAUGCAUGUAUGGAUGCAAUGCAUUCAAAAUUGUGACCAAUUUCAUUUUCUCUUUUUCUUUACACAUGCACAUGUACAAAGUAUUUGCGGGAUUAAGUAAUUAAAAUUUAACAGAAAUGAAGAAUAACAUUGAAAUAAAAUAGUCAAUAAAAAGAUAUUUAGAAUUAACAUUUUACUUUUAUAACUUAGCAGUUCCAUUUCAGGAACAUUGACUAUAUGUAUAUAGUCAAUGUAAUUUCAAUAAAAACAGUAAUAAUAAUAAUAGUUACUAAUUACAUAAAAUCUUGACUCCAAUAAAAAAUUUAUAACAUUAAUGCAAUUUCUUAAAUGGAAUUAGAUUGUUUUUUCAGUACUGUUGGCUGUCUAAGUUUUAACAAAUGCUUGUAUUUUAGGUUAUACAUUUGGGAAGCCCUUUCUUCUGGGUUUAUGAGGUUAAAAAAGAAAAUAGACUUCUGUCAUAUAGCUUUUUUUGUGUUUGUUAGACAUUACAGGCAAAAUAUAAUCAUAGAGAUUAUAUAUUUUAAGUUGUCUUUGUUUUAGAUUUUUUUUGUCUGACUCAUCAGUUAUCGAGUAAACACCCUUGUUACAUAGUCUACUUGCUUUUUGUAUUUCGAAUGCUGGCUUUUUUUUCCCCACCACAAAAAGCAAUUUUUAUGUAUUUUUUUUUUCUUUUUGUUUUUCUCUUUUACUGUUAAACUGUUCAUAACAAUAUGUGUUGGUUAUGAAGUAUCGCUCAAACAAAGGGUUCUUUUACUCUCAGAAUUUUUACUACUUGGCAGUUUAAGUGCUUUCAAUGCUAAACAGGCCACACAACUUGACAUUUUCAUGUUUGAUUUGAAUCGAUUUUAGCUUUUGUAGAUUUUCUUUCGUACAUCACUAGACAUAUGUAUACCAAAUGAAGAAUUGCUUGAUAAUGAUGUCUUUUCUUUUAUAUGAUGAACACUAUUUUGUGCAGUUGGAACUUGUUUUCAGGUUUAGUGCAGAGUUCUAAUAGCAAAGUUAUUUUGAUCUUUCCUAUCAUUUGAAAUUUGGCCCUUCCUUUUUGUUUCAAGCUUCUAAUCAUACACCUACAUUUUGUCACCCAUCGAUACACUUUUCAAAAAAAUUUUCAUCUUUAUUCGAGCAUUCAACUGACUGUGACUCAGAACUGUUUUGGUUCAUAUAUCUGCUGAUAUGACAAAUUUUGUGGUAACAUUGUACAGCACAGACUUUCCAAAAAAAACAGCAGCCCACAUUUUUGCAAUGUGAUCAUUUGUCUUCAUGAAAGUUUGUCUAGAUUUAAGAUUUUCUUUUGAUUUUCAUCAUCUUCCCAAUUUGAAAUGCUGGUACCACUUGUAACAUUGUGUACAGCUCAGUCCUUCAUAUAGGGCUGUAGCAGCAUUAGAGAGGUCUUCAUAAUUAUUCCCAAUUUAAAACAGAAUUUCACAUUAGCAUUGCUCUUUCCAAAUCCUUUCUUUAUUCAGCUUAUGACAGUUGCUGAAUAUGUAAAAACAUUCACAUUAGCACAAGUUGUUUGAUGACUAAUAGAUGUAGUGUUAUGUGGCUGUUAUUUGAUUGAGAGUUAAGGUCACCUAUACACUGAACACACAAGCACAUAGUUUGUUGAUUGGUAUGUGGUUUUAAAAAAAUGUUUCAUUUCUGGAUAAACUAUGUGAUAGCAUUUUCAAAACCUUUUCUUUGCCGCUAAGUUUCUUUAUUACCAUGAUAGCUUGUAUACUCUAAAAUUUCUUUCAGUUGUACCUCCACUUUAUUUAUUUAUUUAUUUAUUUAUUUUUUUGCUGCAACUUUGGCAUUUUUAUGUUUUCACUUUUUAUCUGCUGAGAUUUUUCCAAUCUUUCACUUCAUUUUGUAAAUAACCUUGAUAUUUAACUGCAGCUGUGACUUCAAACUAUUUGUAAAUAUUACUCUUUGUUGGAUAGCUAUUGCGAAGCUCUAGUCCCCUUUCUGGACAUGCUAAACUUGUCUUGUCUAGGAUCAUAAAUGUGCAAUUCCUUUAAAUAGUUGUGGAAUGUUAUAUGACAGUUGCAGCUAAGGUAGGCCAAGUAAGCAGGCAUUAAACGAUAAUCCAGCAUAGAUUUUGAGCCAUAGUGAGGCAGUUAAUUAUUCAGAUAAAUUUACAUACUAGUUUAUUUUCUCUUAGUGUUUGGACAGAAUAAAAAAAUUUAAAAAAUCGUGUUAAAUUUAAAUAAUCAGUGGUUUGAGUUUUUAAAAUAUUAAAUACAAAUUUGAAAUUUUGUUAUUGAAAUUUUACCCGUUAUUUUUGUCAUUCUUUGACAAUUUCUUCUUUCUUUGUAAAUAUUAAAUAUUUGUGUAUUGUUAAUUUAUGGAUAUACAGAUUUGAAAUACAUUAUUUUACUAGUGUAUGCUGUAUGCAAUUGACUUUUUAGCAUUUGAACUUAAUAAAAUAUAUUUUGCAGGCAUUUGCAGCAAGUUUUAGUAUGAUCAAGAAAUAACUAAUUCUCUUUCCUUUCCUCAUGUUGUGGUGUGACAUGUUUUUUUGUUGUAUGUAUGACUUGCUUUGGGUUCUGGAAACACGACUGGUUUUUAUUUUUUGUUUGUGCUGCAUGAAGAGUGACUGCGAACCUAAAUCUGCCUUAACAGUGAAUGAAUGUGAACCUAAAUCUGCUUUCAGAAUGAAUGAAUGAAUGAAUGCAAACCUAAAUCUUUCACAAAGAACGAAUGAAUGUGGACAUAUAUCUACUUUCACAAUAAAUAAAUGAAUGCGAACCUAAAUCUGCUUUCAGAAUACAAAUGAAGUAUUCCUUCUUUAACUCUCUCUCUCAUUAAAUUGUUGUGCAUAAUGCUCAAAUUUUAUAGCAGUUGAAUUGAAAUAAAGGAAUAUACAACAGUGUUA